AUGGAGAAGGUGCUCGUGGCCGUGGCCGUGGUGGUGGUGUCCGUCAUCCUCUCCAAGCUCAUCAAGUGUUUGCUUGUCACCAAGCCAAAAAAGCUUAAGCUGCCCCCAGGGCCCUGGAGGCUGCCGUUGAUAGGCAGCAUGCACCACCUCAUAAGAAACCCAUUGCCGCACCGGGCAAUGCGCGACCUCGCGCACAAGCACGGGCCGCUCAUGAUGCUCUGGCUGGGCGAGUUGCCCACGGUGGUGCGCAUCCGUGAGGAGGUGGCACGGUUCAUGCAGAGCCUCGCCACGUCCGCCGCCGGCGGCACCGUGGUCGACCUGUCCAAGAUGAUCUCUAGCUUCGUCAACGACACCUUCGUCAUGGAGUCCAUCGGCAGCCGGUGCAAGUAUCAGGACGAGUACCUGGAUGCCUUGGGCACUGCAAUCGAGCUGAUCACGGAACUAAGCGUAGCUAACAUCUUCCCGUCAUCUAGGCUGUUGCAGAAUCUUAGCACGGUGCCACGCAGAGCGAUGGCGUGCCGCGACCGGAUGACGCGCAUCGUUGGGCAGAUCAUCCGCGAGAUGAAGGAAGGCAUGGACCGGGGUGACAAGGCUUCAAACGAGAGCUUGAUAUCUGUCCUGCUCAGCCUGCAGAAAGAGGCUAGCUUGCCCAUCGAGCUCACCGAUGACAUCGUCAUGGGGCUCAUGAUUGAAUUGUUUGGCGCGGGCAGCGACACCUCGUCGACCACGCUGACCUGGUGCAUGACAGAGCUAAUCCGGUACCCGGCUACCAUGGCCAGAGCACAGGCCGAGGUCCGGGAGGCCUUCAAGGGGAAGACCACCACCAUCACCGAGGACGAUCUCGCCAGAGCAAACCAUAGCUACCUCAAGUGUGUGGUGAAGGAAGCUCUCAGGCUGCACUGCCCGUUGCCGCUCAUCCAACGCAGAUGCCGUGAGACAUGCCAGGUCAUGGGAUACGACAUUCCUAAGGGCACAUGGGUGUUCCUCCACGUUUGGGCCAUUUGCAGGGACGCCAAGUACUGGGAAGAUGCUGAGGAAUUCAAGCCAGAGCGGUUCGAGAACACCAACCGAGACUACAAAGGGAGAGACUAUGAGUUUCUCCCGUUCGGGUCUGACCGCUGA